CAUACGAGCCAUAGAUUGGAUAGUGCGUUAGACCAAGGGAUGAAUAGAGGCACAAGAAAGGAGAGGCAACCCAUUGUGGGUUUUUCUUUCAGGAGUCGUACGAGCCAUUGCUUGGAUAAAGCGUCAGAUCAAGGGAUGAACAGACAAAUCAAAGAGGAAAAAAUACCUUCGGCAAUGGACACCUUCAUCGAUGGAAAAAUCAAAGCCGUUCUCGGUCAUGAAUUGGAAGAUAUCCUCGAGAAAUCCAUCAAGGACAUUUUGGAAGAGAAAGACAUAGCCCUGACAUCGCAUCAAAAGAAAUGUGACGAAGUCAUGCAAAGCAUUGAGAAUCUACAAAGUGAAAAGAAAAAAGCUGGUAAGACUACGUUUAUCGGUUUGGACAAAUUUGAGAUACGAAUAGCCGAGAAAGAAGCUCUGACGCAAAAGGCAGUAGAAUUAAAUUCCCAGAAAAAAGAGUUUACAGACAUUGUUAGUAAGCUAAUCGAAAAAAUCCUUUCUCUAAAGGAAGUGAAAGUUGGCUGGAAGGAAUUAGAUUCAGAGAUAAAAGAAGUGAAACAGCUGAUGGAAAGAGAGAAAGAUCGCUUAAAUAAAGCUCUUCCAAUCUAUGCUAAGAGAAGUGUUAUCACAGACACCGUGAAAAACAACCAAGUAAGCAUUAUUUUGGGAGAAACUGGUUCUGGCAAAAGCACACAAGUUGUUCAGUAUCUAUACGAUUCAGGGCUGGCAGAGAAAGGCGUAAUCGUUUGUACACAGCCAAGAAAAGUCGCUGCCUUCAGCCUGGAAAAGUAUGUCUGUGAAGAAAUGAAAGAAAGCGGACAUGCAGUGGAAUGCUCUGUCGGUGCUCGAGCAGCUGACAAAAGAGCAAAGAAGACCAAAGUUCUUUUUACAACAGACUACUCGCUGUUAAUGGAAUGCAUAAAAGAUCAAGAUCUUACUCGAUUUUCCUGUGUCAUCAUUGACGAAGCCCACGAAAGAAAUAUGAACACUGAUCUUCUCCUGGGAAUUAUCAAAAAAGCACUUCUCAGGCGCCCGGACUUGCGUGUCAUUAUAACAUCAGCAACCAUAAAUCCAGAUCUGUUUAUCAAGUAUUUCGGUGAUUGCCCUGUGGUUAAAGUGUCUGGUAAGACGUUCCCUGUGGACGUUAUUUGGAAKAAGGAGMAAAAAACUUCUGGUGAUUACGUUUUCGAAGCUGUGGAGAAAGUCGUGGAGAUACAUCAGAACGAAGAAGCCGGUGACGUUCUCGUCUUCCUUACUUGUCCAGCUGAAAUCGAACAGGCUUGUACUAAAGUUCGUAACAGGAUCAAGAAGGAUGAUAUUCAAUUCCUUCCCUUGCAUGGGAAACUUCGACAAGAAGAGCAAAGUGAGGUUUUCAAGCCCACUCCGAAAGGAAAACGCAAAGUCGUUUUUUCCACUAACUGUGCUGAGACCUCCCUGACGAUUCCUGGAAUCAAGUUCGUAGUGGACACAGGGAAAGCAAAAGAGAUGAAAUAUGAUCCAAAAAGGAACAUCAACUCUCUUGAAGUAUCUGACGUUAGCCAAAGUUCUGCCGAUCAACGAAAAGGAAGAGCUGGGAGGAUCGAGAGUGGGAAAUGCUACCGCCUGUACACUGAAGAUGAUUUCAAUGCCAUGGAGAAGUCAUCUAAACCAGAGAUCCUACGCGUKAAUCUUGGUCAAGCUUUGCUGAAGCUUAUGGAACUGGGCAUACGAAACCCUGCUGACUUUGAUUACGUCGAGUCUCCUCCUGUCGAGUCUAUCAAAACAGCGAUGAUGGAGCUGGAAGAACUUGGGGCUACAUGUGGUGGCCAACUUACUGAGCUUGGUAAAAAGAUGGCCAAAGUUCCUGUUGAUCCUGGUCUGUCAAAGUUUCUGUUUGAAGGCUUUGAACAAGGGGUUGGCUACGAAGCUCUUGUGUUGGUCGCUGUUUCCACUAUAACUGGCAACGUCUUCUUUCGCAUGGGAACUGAGGAAGAGAAGAAAACAGCAGAUAGGAAGAAGGUUGAGUUUUGUCACCUUGGAGGCGAUUUCAUGACUCUUUUAGAAGUUUAUCGAUCUUGGCAGAAAGUAGACAAGAGAGACAGAGGUGGUUGGUGCUUCGUAAAGAGUAUGAAUGCCAAAGCAAUGCGUAUGGCUGAUGAAACUGUCAAUGAUCUUAAAUCAACACUGAAACACGAACUGAAGAUGCCUGACAUUAAAUGGUCCAGUCUUGACAAAGAAACGACGGAUGGUCGGCUGCAGAAGACACUCUUUCUAUGCUUCAUGACGAAACUGUGCGUUUACACUGGACACGAAAGAAGAGGUUACAAGACAAUCACUGGAGGACAUUUUGUGAAGAUUCACCCGUCUUCCUCYRUUAACUUCACUGGCUCSAAYCCYMAGUUCAUUGUSUAYGAGAAMAUUCUCAARACUUCUCAAGAUUUCUUAUUGAACGUUACUCCAAUUGAGACAAGCUGGCUUCAGGAGAGUAUCGCAGAGAAAAAACUACACCUUGAUAUUGAAGAAGUCUUGGCUGAAGUUUUGAUGGUGCCACUACCCAGCAUACGCUGCAGUUCGAUUUUGAUGAAAAGAGCAUUCGAGCCUUUUAAAAGUAAGCUACCUAACCUCGAAAAAGGCAUCUCAGUUUUCUGUAAUAACGCACCGAUUAUCGUCGAGGCAAAGAGAAAUGCCGGUAAAGUGGAUUUGUUUAUUCCCAAGAAUUACGCUGACAAGGCUGUAGAAGAAACCCAAAAAAUCUUGGAAGAGCAAAGGAAAAGACUUCGUGAGGAGACGCGUGAAUAUCCUGUAAUUUCUGAAUCUUCUGCUCUUCGAGUGGUUAUGGAGAAAGGUCUAACAGUGCAGCAAAUUCUACUGCCAGACAUGUACCGCUCUGUCGUGGUGAGAAGCCUUCAAGAUAGGCCAUUACUACCAGCGGAUGUUAAGAAGUUUCUUUGUCAAUUUGGGAAACUUAUUGACUUUAACUCUUCCCGUGACAUGCACUUUGCUACUUAUGAAAAGCCGGAAGAAGCAUCAAAAGCCGUGAAGUUGUGUACAUUUGAGGAGCUUGGCUACAGGGUUGAGCCCAAGAAGACUCAGCAGAUGUCACAGCAAGGAAAUGACUCCUCUCAUUUUAACUUCAGAAUAAAAAUAACUUGGCAUCGUCGCGAGCCUAAAGGAAUGGCAAAUGUGUCCUUCGAGAACCAACCCGAAGAAGUGUGGUACAAGAUUUCUUCGAUAUCCGAGAUUACAAUAAGAUCCAAAUCGGCUCGUGUUCGUACAGACAAGCAUAAAGAGAAGACCAUUUUCCUCCACAGCCUUAGUACUGACACUACAAAGCAAGACAUCAGAGAAGCAUUGGAGAAAGUUUUUCAUGGUUGUACUAUUACAAUAAAAGAGCAAGACAUUCUGAUCCAGUACAAGCAAAGAGCAACACUGGCUAAUAUAGAGGCACAAAAGAAAGUUCUCGAGGAAUUGAUAUCAACGUAUACAACGCCAGGAGGUUUUGAAGUAACGAUGAAGGAAUUAGACCUAUCGAAUAAAUCCCCAUUUAGUGUCGCCGUUGUUGACUUCCUCAACCCAAACGAAGGCAUCCAGGUUGUACGAUCUCUCAGUGGAAGAAGACACGGGGCCCUUGAAAUGUGGGAGGUGUGCCUAGAAGUCAAGCCAUCCUUGAAUUUCUUCGUUACCUGUAUGAUAAGCGUCUACGACCUCGUCAGGAAUGAAGUCCAAAGCAAAAUCGAUGAAAUUGCAAAAGAAUGCGCUGCAAACUGCAAACACCAACUUCGAUUGAAAGUAAAACCAGCAAAGUCCAAAGGACGGAUGGAAUUAUCAGUGGAUGCGACGUGUUUGGAACACCAUUUGCAGGCGUCGAAAGAAAUAUCCAAGUGUAUCCAAGGUGAGAAGAUCGAAUGUUCUAAACCUUCGAUGUUUCUUCUCGGUAAAAGUGGUAGAGAUCAUCUCAAGGAAAUUCAGAAACAAAGUGGGGCCUUCAUUUGUACUGAUGAAAGAACCAUGGCUAUAACCUUGUAUGGCACUAGCGAACAGAGAGAGAAAGCAAGAGACGCUGUGUAUCGUUUUUUCCAAGACCUCGCAUUGCAGGGAAGCACUGUUUGGGAAGUCAACUUAAAAGAGGACGGACGGCCUAGAGGUUUGAUGAAACAACUGAUGUCAAAAUAUGGUCGGGAAUUUGAAGGACUACUUGAAAUAGAAGGAGUCAACAAGGUGGAUAUAUACCUUCAUAUGCAAGUCUUGAAGGUCCAAAGUACAUCUGACGCAAAAAGCCACGUCCUUCGUGUGAUUGAAGAAAUAGCAAAAACUAUAGCACCCCUUCAGCCAAAUACUGGAACGGAAAUUGAAGAGGAAGAGUGCCCUACCUGUUUUUGUGUCAUAGACGACAAAACACCCUCAUACAGACUUGCCAUAUGUGGGCAUGCUUGCUGUAUGACUUGUAUAGAGCAACAAUUCAAUGCAGCGGUGUUUCCACUGUGUUGCACUCACGAAGACUGYYCGGAGAUGUUURSUUUGGAURUGAUCGAUCUUCUAACUCAAAAGAAGGAGCUGCAUGAUAAAGUCAUGAAGAUGUCUCUUAAGUCCUAUGUCGAUGCCAAUCAAGACAAGGCACGUUACUGUCCGACACCUGAUUGCCCAAUGGUUUAUCCCGUUACCACGAACGGGAAACUAUUUCGAUGCAAUGUGUGUUCUACUGCAAUCUGUUCUUCGUGUCACCAACCAUACCACCUUGGUCUUACAUGCAAAGAAAAUGAAAUCGAAAAGACAGACCCGGGAAAAGCGUUGCUUGAGAAGUGGAUGAAUGAGAAACCUGGCACAAGAAAGCGCUGCUCAUCGUGUAAUUCUCCUAUCGAGAAAAAUGAAGGGUGUAAUCAUAUGACGUGUGGAAACUGUAAAUCACACCUGUGUUGGUUAUGCAUGAAAGUUUUUUCCACCGGAGCUGCGGUUUACGCUCAUCAAGCGUUCUGCCCUGUCAGGCUGACUGGAAACUAGAAGAUUGAUUUUGACAGUUCAAAUAUUCCCGCCCCGUUAGUGGUAAUCGUAGAAGACGAGGCUAGAUGAAGUAAUGAAUGGCAUAUUAGCUUUCAUUAGAGGACUUCACGAAUUUCCUUCUCAAGGUCGUGUUCCGUAGCAAGAGACUGAAAAUGAACUAAUAAAAGAAGGAAUAUAUAUUCAUGCUUGUAACCAUCAUAAGCAUCGUUUGGUGCUAUUUUUAGCAUCACAUUUGCCAUUUGCCAGCACUCUACCCUGUUGCCUCACCUUUUUUUGGAAAAACACACAACAAAACAUGAGCAAAGAGGGUAGAGCGCGCGCGUGCAGAAAAUCAAACGAUCAAAUGAAUGUACUGAUAUUUUUUGGUUGGAUUGAAAACGAUUGAUUUAAUUUCAUGAUAUGGGGUUCUAAACCUUUCACAUAAUGUUUUACGCACUAAAAAUCACGAUUCUUUUCCGAAACUAGUUUCGUAUUUAUCGACCUUUUCAAUCCUUAAACAUAUUCAUAUUCCGGCUUAUUCAAUAAAGUUAGUCACCAAAAACCUAGAAAGCUGAGAUCACUGAGCAUCAUGGGAAACUUUUCAUAUCAAGGUAGCAUAUAUAUAUACAAAGCUUU